GCGACUCCUCCACAGCACCCGGGCCAUGAGGUUUCAAAUCAACAACUCACUCAGGAAGCACAAAGCGCGUCCAGUAUUCCGCGUGAGCAGCCGACGCGGCCAACGACCUACAAGCCGCGUCCACUAUUCUGCGUAGUAUGCGCAAGUAAUCAGAACCGAUCUAUGGAAGGUCACUAUGUGCUCGCCAAGGCAGGCUUCCGCGUUUGCUCAUCCGGCACUGGGUCGGCCGUACGGUUGCCCGGUCCAGCCAUAGACAAGCCCAAUGUCUAUCCCUUCGGCACCCCGUACAACGAUAUCUAUGAGGAGCUCCAAUCCCAGGAUGCUAGACUGUAUACCGCAAACGGGCUCUUGCAAAUGAUUGACAGGAAUAGGCGAAUCAAGUUAGCACCAGAGCGAUGGCAGGAGUCCAAGACAGUGGCUGACAUCGUCAUAACCUGCGAGGAGAGGUGCUUCGAUGCAGUAUGUGAUGACUUGCUCGCAAGAGGCGGUGACUUCAACAAACCCGUGCAUAUAAUCAACUUAGAAAUCAAAGAUAAUCACGAGGAGGCGCACCUGGCAGGCAAAGCGAUUCUUGAUCUCGCCACCGCGAUCGAGAACGCAAAUGACAUAGACGAAGAGAUCAACGGUAUUCUUCAGGCACAGCAAGAGAAGCAUCCUCAGAGUGUUCUACACGCGGUCGCGUACUACUGAUUGCUUUGUAUGGUUUCGUGUCCCAGCAUUCCGUGUUCUCAUAGUCGUCGCUUGUAGCACUACCCGG